AUGAAGCUAGCGGUAGCGGUACUCUGUGCAAUGUCGUUAGUUCAGGCGGAACAGCAAGCCCCGGUGGUCCUGUGCGGACGGGAACUCGCGAACGCCAGGGUUUUGGUCUGCUAUGGGGCAGAAUAUGUCGCGAAGCGGGCCUCACCUCAAGCAUUACUUGCGGCAUUAGACGGUGAUAAAUGGAUUGGUCAAUUGAUGUGGGGUGGACGGCGCGGAGCCAUCAGCGCUGAUUGGUCCCGAUACAAACGAGGGGGGCCUCGCAGACGAAUGCUGCCUCAAGCCUUGCACCACAGAUGUCAUAAUGAACUACUGCUGAACUACCAUUCCUAG